AUGUCGUCCAGCGACGGCUGGCACUGCCCGAUCUGCUUGGGCAGCUUCGAGCGGCCCGUGCUCGCCUCCUGCUGCGGCCAGAGCUUCUGCCGCUCGUGUCUGGAUGGGGCGCUGCGUCAGGUGGACGCGUGUCCAAUGUGCCGCUCCCCGCUGCUCUCCGGGCCGUUCUCCGUGACUCCGAACCGAGCGCUCGAGGAGGCGCUGGCCGCACUGGCUGCGAGCUCGCCACGGUCGUCUACAGCCGACGCGCACGAAGCCACGAGCUUCGUCGAUGCUGUGGAGAGGAAAGUGGCUGCGUCGGCGCGGAAUUCCGCGUCGGAAGUGCAAAUUUCCGUACCAAGCACGGCAGAAAUCAACUGGGCGUCGCUGCAGUGCGUCUUCUACGUGCUGCUCUUCCUCGUGUUCGUCUUCUUCCUGCGCGUUCAAGAGGAAGAGUUCGCCGAGACGACGACACACCUGCGUCGCCCUCAAUAG